AUGUCGCCAUCCAAAGACGGUGAGGGAUUCUCUUCUCAGACCGAUGGGAAAGUAUACAACGAACUCGGCUGGCUCGUACAAAACGCACGCGGUUACCGGAUAAACGAAGACCCAUACGAUACCCGUCGAAAACUGCGAGUGAUUCAUAUCGGUGCUGGUGCAUCUGGCAUUGUCUUUUCCAAGUUCGCCGAAGACAGGUUGCAGAAUGUCGAAGUCCAAGUAUAUGAAAAAAACACCGAUAUUGGAGGGACGUGGCUUGAGAACAGAUAUCCUGGUUGCGCUUGCGACAUUCCGUCCGCGUCAUAUCAAUUCACCUGGGCUCGUAACCCGAAUUGGUCGCAGUAUUACUCGGAAUCACCAGAGAUAUGGCAGUAUUUCAAGGAUGUGGUCGACAAACACGGCUUGAUGAAGUACAUCAAGCUAGAACACAAGAUCGUCAGCGCUACGUGGAACGGAGAGCAGGGAGUGUGGGAAGUGCGCGUCCAGCGGGCUGAUGGGUCUGAAUUCACCGACACAUGCCACGUCUUGAUCAAUGGUGGAGGUGUUCUGAAUAAUUGGAAGUGGCCAGAGAUUGAAGGCCUUCAUUCUUUCAAAGGAAAACUUGUUCAUAGCGCCAAUUACGACACGACGAUUAACUUGAACGCAAAGAGAGUCGCAGUCAUCGGUAUCGGUAGCAGCGGAAUCCAGAUCACCUCCAAAAUUGCUUCGCAAGUGAAGCAGCUGUACACGUGGGUCAAGUCGCCUACGUGGAUCACGGCAGGAUUUGCUCAGAAAUUUGCCGGCCCAAACGGCGGCAAUUUUCACUAUACUGACGAGCAGAAGAAGCGAUUCGCGGAUAAUCCAGACCUGUUUUUGAGAUACUCGAAAAUGAUCGAGUCCGAGCUUAAUGUUCGAUUCAAAUUUAUUUUGAACGGGACGCCAGAAGCGGAAGGUGCCAGGGAAUUUGCGAGAAAUGAAAUGACACAGAAACUGGGUCCGAGUGACCCCGAACUAUUAGAUGCCAUCAUACCAAAGAAUUUUGGUGUUGGUUGUAGGAGACCGACGCCCGGCAAUGGCUUCCUAGAAGCUCUCUCUCAGGACAACGUCAAAGUCUUCACUAAGCAGAUGAGGCAGAUUACACCUGCCGGCUUCAUUGACAGUGAGGGCAACGAGCAUGAGGUCGAUAUCAUUAUUUGUGCCACAGGUUUCAACACAAGCUGGAUCCCUCGAUUUCCCGUCGAAGCGAACGGUUACUCCAUUUCAAAGAUGUGGGCGAAGGAAGCAACAUCGUACAUUUCGAUUGGAGUUCCUCACAGUAAGAAAUACCUGUCCCAGGAUUUUGACAGGCCGGCACUGAUUGACGAUGUUCUAGUGCCCAAUUACUUCAUGAUGGCUGGUCCAUACGGGCCCUUGGGCCACGGCUCGUUCCUCCCUAUCCUCGAAACACUAGCGGGUAACAUUAUUCAAUGCAUCGAGAAGUUGCAGAAAGACCGCAUCAAGAGCUUGACACCUAAGGCAGCUGUGGCCGAGCAACUACGGGAACAUGCACAGCUUUUCUUACAACGGACGGCAUGGACGUCAGGCUGCAGUAGCUGGUUCAAACAAGGACGAGUUGACGGGCCGUUGCCUAUGUUCCCUGGGUCCCGGCUAAUUUACAUGGAUUUGCUGAAGAACCCGAGGUUCGAGGACUAUGAGAUUGAAUAUUGCAAUUCGCAUAACAUGUUUGACUUCUUGGGCAACGGAUUCGCAGUGAGAGAGUUUGACGGCCGUGAUCUGUCUUAUUACUUGGGUUUACUUGACGAUGAGGAUCGUCAAAUUGAUUUGGAGGCGAACUUGCAUGAAGAACUUUCUGACUUGGUGCACUAG